GGAAUGGCGCCAACAGAGGAGCUUAUCGCCAUUGGAAUGGCGCCAACAGAACCAUGGAUUUCCGAUUCAACUGUCCAGAUAUGCCUGACGCCAUACACGUUCUUUCGAAGCCUAAAUCAAUCCCCACGCGUCCUUCACGUUUCUCGAGGCUUCAAAUGGCUUCAACAAAAUCCCAUUUGACGUGCGACCAAAGAAAAGAAUUCUUCUCGGUAAGCAUUUUCGCCACACCAAAACCACCAACAAUAUACGAUCCCUUUCCCUUUUCCUCUGUUUCUCCUUUUCCGUUUCGAUCACUCGAGGUUGUUGCCAAUGGCGGCGGCGGCUGCUGCUGCUGCUGCUGCUGCUGAGAAUGGGAUAUCCAGGGAAGUGCAGCUUUCUAUGGCGGUUUCUUCUAUGUUUCCUGGUUUUCGGUUUUCGCCGACUGAUGAAGAGUUGAUUUCGUUUUACCUCAAGAAGAAAUUGGAAGGCUACGAGAAGAGCGUUGAAGUGAUUGUGGAGAUUGAAAUUUAUAAGUACGAACCCUGGGACUUACCUGCUAAGUCUAUAAUUCAAUCCGAUAAUGAGUGGUUCUUCUUCUCCCCUCGGGGAAAAAAGUACCCGAAGGGUAAUCAGACCAGGAGAGCGACUGAUUUAGGGUACUGGAAAGCCACAGGGAAAGAGCGUAAUGUAAAGUCAGGUUCCAAUGUUAUUGGUACCAAGAGGACUCUAGUUUUCCAUACUGGCCGUGCACCAAAAGGGGAAAGGACAGAGUGGAUUAUGCAUGAAUUUAACGCCAAGAAUAAAGCUCAGGAUUUUCUAGCUGUUUGCCGCCUUAGGAGGAAUAAUGAAUUUCGUCAACAUAGUUGCUCAAACCGAGCUGCUUCAAGUCAAAUGAAUUUAUCCUCGUUGCAAGCUCAUUCUGGCGAGCAGGUCGAUUUUACAUCCGAGUCCAAUCAAAAAGAUGUCGCAGAAGCUGUACCUGUGGAGUCUUCUGGUGAUCAGAAGGAUUAUGGUUCUGAUGAUUUCUACUCCGACAUACUAAAAGACGACAUUCUUAACCUGGAUGCAUCUGCGCCUUACAAUGCUGCUUCGGAUCUGUUCCCACUGGUUUUCCAUAGAUCAGAUGCAGAGAGAAAGUACCAGCAGGACUGGAAUGAGUAUUUGGAAUGGCUACCGAACCAAGGCUGUGCAAAUCGGAGAAUCAGAUUGAAAUGGAGAGAAGCCAUUGGAGCAAAGAAGUUGGAGGCUAUGCAAAAUGGUGAUUCCAGAUACAUGGUUGAGAAAUCAAGGCUAUCAUCCUCAGAACUAUCACAAAGCCAGUUGAUGAACACUGCUUCUUCGGUUAGCGUUGUUCGGGGCUAUGCUCGAGUCAUGAUAUUUGCUUUGUUGAUUUUGUUAGCUUUGUUGUCUCGAUUGGAGGUUUUUGGUAUGCCUAAGGGACUCUACUGAUCUUUCUAUGCUAAUGUGCCAUAAGAGAUUAUUUUAAAUGUGUAGUGUAUAUAUAUAGAGGUGUCAAAUGUGGAUUCUAUAUAAUUCACAAAGGAAAUUUUGGAUUCUUUUAACAAGAUUCAAUUGUUGGGCUUUAGCAAAAUCAGUGUUUAUCAAGAGUUUUAUCAGUGUUGAUUGUGAUUUG